AUGGUAAAGGAAGAUAUUCUAAAUGAUAAUGAAGAUUCUGAGCCAACAGUAUGUGACAGAAAUGGGAUGAUUCCCAUGCGUGAGCAAAGUGAGGAGGGAACAUCAGUAGAGGCCAAAGGUACUGAUGGGAAUAUACAAACAGAAGAAACUGCUCUGUUGAAUCACUCUGUUCAGCAACCUCCAGAACCAACAGCAGGGUCUUCAACACCUGCCAGAACAUGGAGGCAAAUAUGUGCCUGUCCUCCACAGGGUUUAUUGGCCCAAACAGUAACAAAUGUUGCAAUUGUGGUCCUGGUCUGGGCUGUGGUUUGGUCCAUUACUGGUACUGAGUGUCUUCCAGGUGGAAAUCUCUUUGGAAUUCUGUUUCUUUAUUUUUUUGCUGUCAUUGGAGGCAAAAUUUUUGGAUUCGUUAAAAUAGGAGCACUGCCCCCUCUCCCUGCUCUUCUGGGGAUGCUUCUUGCUGGUUUCCUAAUCCGUAACACCCCAUUUGUUAGUGACAUUGUCCAGAUAAACCUACGCUGGUCUGCAGCACUGAGGAAUAUUGCUCUCUCCAUCAUCUUGACCCGAGCAGGACUUGGCCUGGAUCCAAAGGCGCUUAAGAAGCUCAAAGCAGUCUGUUUACGGCUUUCCUUUGGACCGUGCCUCUCAGAAACAUGCACAGCUGCUGUUCUUGCCUACUUGUUCAUGCAUUUGCCAUGGCAAUGGGGAUUUAUAUUAGGUUUUGUUCUAGGUGCAGUCUCCCCUGCUGUGGUGGUUCCUUCAAUGCUGAUUUUACAAGCUGGGGGAUAUGGGGUGGAGAAAGGUGUCCCAACUUUGCUAAUGGCAGCUGGCAGUAUUGAUGACAUUCUGGCUAUUACAGGCUUCAACACUUGCCUUGGGAUGGCUUUCUCUUCCGGUUCUACUUGGUACAAUGUGCUUCGUGGUGUGCUGGAGGUUGCUGUUGGCAUAGCAGCUGGGGGAAUUCUGGGAAUGUUUGUUCGGUAUUUCCCAAGCCAUGAUCAGGCUUCUCUGGCAUGGAAGAGAUCAUAUUUUAUACUUGGGCUGUCCAUGUUUGCUGUUUUUGGCAGCAUCUACUUUGGCUUCCCUGGAUCAGGAGGGCUCUGCACGUUAGUGUUAGCUUUUGUGGCAGGUGUGGGAUGGUCUGAUGAAAAGAGGGAAGUAGAAAAAAUUAUUGCAGUUGCAUGGAAUAUCUUUCAGCCUUUCCUUUUUGGUUUAAUUGGAGCAGAAGUAUCAGUUACGUCUCUUAGGCCUGAAACUGUUGGACUCUGUGUGGCCACAUUAGGCAUUGCCCUAGUUGUGCGAAUCACAGCAACGUUCCUGAUGGUGUGUUUUGCUGGGUUUAAUUUCAAGGAGAAAGUAUUCAUCUCAUUGGCAUGGAUUCCCAAAGCCACUGUCCAGGCUGCAAUAGGUUCCCUUGCCCUGGAUACAGCAAGAAGACAUCAGGAUGAGCAACUAGAAAAGUAUGGAAUGGAUGUACUGACAGUAGCUUUCCUGGCUAUCUUGAUCACCGCUCCAAUUGGAGCCCUGGUUAUUGGCUUGGCAGGGCCCAGACUUUUGCAGAAGGCUCAGACAAAUAGCAAGGAGGAUGAGGAAGGUGCUGAGGCAGGAGAACAGGCAGAGGCCUGUGAUGCUUCAUAA